AUGUCUACUCUCAGGGUUGUGAAGAACCUGUCCGACGCGAAAUUGGACAUUGUCUUUGUCCAUGGCGUGGAGACCAACCAAAAGUCCUGGACGACCGAGGACUCUGUCUUCUGGCCGGAAACGAUUCUCCCUGGGCUGAUCCCGAACGCACGCAUCCUGGCGUUCGAGUCCGAGGACAUCACUGUGAAUAACCUCUGGAACACGGAAGAUAUGGUCACGGAAGUUGGCGACGCGCUGAUUGGUGAACUGGUGGACGUUCGUAGUGGCGAUCUGGCUAUUGACCGCGCCGCCAAUAGCGACGAAGCCAAGCCGAUUGCCGAUAGCGCCGUGGGUCUCCUUCUCUUUGGCACCCCCCAUUAUGUUCCGGACAACCUGAGCGAAGCGGCCAAAUAUUUCAAAUUGGCUCAGCUGGAGGUCCCCAGCAGUGCCGACCUGCACGCCAAGUCUCAGCAUCUUCUCCGCGUUCCUCAAGCCUUCGCCCAGUUCAAGCAGGCCGCGUCGGUGAAAUUGGCCUGUUUCUAUGAGGGAGCUCCGACCAAGGUCAACGACGAAGAAUUCAAGAUUGUGGAACCGGCCGUCGCCCAGUUCCCUGACGGUACGCAGAACAACCGACUGGGAUACAACCAUCACGGCAUGAGUUGCUUCAAGAAUGAUCAGGACAAGGAAUUCAAAAAGAUCUUGCGCGUGCUGAAGAGCUGGGUGGAGAGUCUCCCUGAACCGGAGGAGAAGGGCACUGUGAACAACAUCUCGAACGCCUCGUUCGCUGGAUCUACCAACUCUGGCCUCCAGCUGGGACAGAACGCGGGAUCUCUGAACGGGUUCCGGUUCGGAUAG